AUGACCCGACUUGUGCUGUCAGCAGCCAGCUCGGACCUGCUGCGGCGGUUGGUCCGUGAGAGCGACUCGGACCAUCACGCCGUUCAAUCGCUCAAAGCAGCGCUGGAGGAGCAGCCGGAGCAGCCGAAGAUGACAACCGCCAGUCCGGCUGUUCCGACCACGAACGAGUCAGCAACGUCGCCUUCGUCGAUUGUGCUGGAUCAUAAGGUGCUCAUCAGCAUCGCCUCGUGGGCUCAGAGUGAUGCACAGCCAACGAUCGACUCAGCGAAGCUAAAGCUAUCCUCGCUCGUCGCCGGGUCUCACGUCUACGUCCCACCCAAGCCGGUCUUUCAGCGAUCCAAAGAGCUCGAAGACUCACUAGCAGCCAUCCGCCAAGCUCAAGAGCAGGCCGAGUAUCAACGAAUGUCCACCUUCACCUCCUCGUCUACCGGCUACAAGAUCCCUUCGAGCUACGUCAACAUCGCUGGUGUCGACCCUUCCCUCUCGCUCAGCCAACGCAUCUCUUCGCACACCACCGCACCACACCUGUCUUCCAACCAGCCGCUGUCCAGAGAAGCAGAGGAGAAAGCGUGGAAGGACGCUCAGCGCACACUGAGCGUCAUUCUCAACAUCUUCCUCUCUGCACUUGCCACGGCUACUGCUGCUUGGUGGGCAAGCGGGAAUGCCAAAGUGGGCAAUAAGGUAUUGGUCAGCAUGCUUGUGGCAUUGGUGACGGCCGUGGCGGAAGGAGUGCUGUAUAGCAGGUACAGCGUGUACGUCCAGGAGAGUAAGAAGGUCAAGACGAACAGGAUGAAGGGCUCAGACGUCAAGGGAGGCAUCGAUUUGGGCGAGUUCAAGCCAUUGCAGCUGGGCGGAACCCCGGCAAUAGGGUCAAGUGGAAAGUCGCAACCGUCAAGGGCCAGCAAAGAGCCCUCAUGA